CACUUUUAUAGGUUCACCAAGUGAGUAUGGAAAACUGACCAACAUUCAAGAUGGCACCCUUUUUAGAAUGGAAAAAGCUUAUGAGAGUUGAUCCUGAUGCUUUGCCUCGUCAAGAGGAACUAGCCGAUAAUUUGCUGGAGACAGUAGCCAAGGUUAAUGGAAAUGAUCUGAAGGAUGAGAAUCCUGAACGUUUAAUUCAACUUUUUAAAAUAUCUCAGUCAUUAAUGAAGAUGAAAACUCAGGAAGUAGCACUGGCUUUGGAAGAAGUUGAAAAAGCUGGGGAAGAGCAAGCCAAAUCUGAAAAUCAGUUAAAAACAAAGGUGAUGAAAUUGAAAAAGGAAUUAGAGGCAGCUCAACAAUCUACUGGUGGCCGUGAUACUCGUUUUUUGCGUGAUGAGAUUCGUCAGCUGGAAAAACAGCUAGAGCAAAAAGACAGAGAAUUGGUAGAUAUGGAAAAGGAACUAGAGAAAGAGAAAAAAAUCAAUGAACAGCUUGCUCUUCGAAGUGAGGAUGCAGAAAAUGAAAACAGCAAGUUGAAAAGAGAGAAUGAGCAACUUCGUCAAGAUGUAAUUGAUUAUCAGAGACAAAUAGAUUCACAAAAAGAAACGCUCAUUUCACGAAGGGGAGACGAUUCUGAUUACAGGUCGCAGUUAUCCAAGAAAAACUUGGAGCUUGUACAAUAUCUAGAUGAAAUUCAGAGUUUGACUGAAGCUAAUGAAAAAAUAGAGGUUCAAAAUCAAGAAAUGAGGAAGAAUCUAGAAGAAUCGGUGCAGGAAAUGGAGAAGAUGACCGACGAGUAUAGUAAAAUGAAACUUAUUGUGCAGCAGUCAGACAUGGUUAUGGACCAACUAAGGAAAGAAAAGGAACAAUAUAAGCUGCAGGUGCAUGAGCUAGCAGAGCAGCUCAAGGCAAAGAAUGAAGAGGAUGAUCCUCUUAUGGCAGCUGUAAAUGAAAAAGUGGAAGAAUGGAAGGGGAUGUUGGCUUCCAAAGAUGAUGAAAUCGCUGAGUAUCAGCAAAUGUUGUGGACUCUGAAAGAGAAGCUGAAAAUGGCGCAGCUUGAUGCUGACAAGAGCAGUGUUAUGGCACUUCAGCAGGGCGUGCAAGAGCGAGACGCUCACAUUAAACUGCUCAGUGAGCAAGUGGAAGAGUAUACAAUGGAGAUGGAAAAGAAUACUUUGAUUAUUGAAGACCUGAAGAGAGAGCUCCAAAAAGAUAAAGGUCUGCCAUCAUUUACUCCAAAGGACUCUGUUGGAGAAAUGCAAGAAAAACUAUAUAUGCUGGAACAGAAAACUAAAGAAGCUGAGAGAGUAGCCGAGCUUGCAGAAAUGGAUGCAAGGGAGAAGGAUAAAGAACUUAUUGAGACUCUGAAGAGAACGAGGGAUUAUGAAACGGGUAUAUAUGGUCUGGAAGAUGCAGUUGCUGAAAUAAAAGAUUUAAAAAAGCAAAUUAGAGUAAGAGAUCGUGAGAUUGAAACAUUAAUUAAAGAAGUCAACAAACUUGAACUCAAAAUCAAUGAUUUUCUUGAUGAAAAUGAAGAUCUUAGGGAACGACUAGGUCUUGAUCCAAAGACAAUGAUUGAUUUAGAUGAAUUUAAACACAGCAAAGUACUAAAACAGCAGCAGUAUAAGGCUGAGAACCAAGUCCUACUGAAAGAGAUUGAAAGGCUAGAAGAAGAAAGAGUUUCCUUGAAACAACAAAUUCGUAAACUGGCUCAGGAGAAAGGAAGAAGAGCUGCAACUUUAGGGUUGGAUUCUGAUGAUCUACAGCUUAUUGAUAGCUUCUCUGAAGAGCUGAAGACAAAAAGGGGGAAAUCUGACUUUAUGAGUACAGUUGAUGUUGAUGAGGUGAAAGCAAAGGUGUCAUCCUAUAUAUUGCAGAAGGUCCUGCUGAGCGUUGAGGAGGACAACUCUGAAAUGAAGUUAGCAGAUUUGAGAACUGAUUGGCCGGUCAUGGGCAAAGACCAGAUAUAUUUUCCAGAAUCGUGGCUUGUAGAAUGCUUGGAAAGAGAACUUGAUUGUGACCAGCCAGUGAAUGCAUUUCAGAUAGAUCCAGUUGAGAAUCUCCUAAGAAAGCUGAGGAAUGAAUUAAUUUUGCUUAGGUCAGAGAACAACUACCUUGCCAAAGAAUUAAAUGAACGAGAGAAAGACUUGGAACAAAACAGGACAAUAAUAGCCAAGUUUCAAUCCAAAUUAAAAGAACUAGUAGACGAAAACAAGCAACUCGAGCAAGGCAUGAAAGAAAUACUACAAGCCAUAAAAGACAUGCAGAAAGAGUCAAGCGUGAAAGAUGGAGAAACUGCUCUAAUAAUCCCUAGUCUGGAGCGAUUAGUAAAUGCAAUUGAAUUAAAGAAUACAGAAGGAGUCUUUGAUGCCAGCUUGCAUUUGAAGGCCCAAGUUGAUCAACUUACAGGACGCAAUGAAGAACUACGGAAGGAGCUGAGGGAAUCUCGAAAAGAGGCAGUCGACUUUUCAAACCAACUAGCCAAAGCAAAUGCAAAGAUUGCCAGUCUAGAAAAGGACAUUCAAUUGCUACAGCAGACAGAAGGGACCAGGAUAGUAUUCAAAGCAGUAGAUCUUCCGGAAGGGAUUAGUCCUUCUAGUGCAAACAUAGUUAAUUCACAGAAUGAGUAUUUAAUACACCUGUUGCAGGAGCUAGAGAAAAAAGAACAGCUACUCAAGAAAUUUGAAGAAGCCGUAGAAGAAAAUAAACGAAAAUUUGCAGUUAUCCGCCACCAGCAAGGUUUGCUAUAUAAAGAAUAUCAAAGUGAAAGAGAACACUGGCAAACAACUGGAGAAAAAUUAGAAGAAGAAAAGAAGAAGCUGGAAUAUCAAAAAGAGCAAGAUGAUAUAAAAAUAAAGGAAUAUUUUAACUUACUGGAUGCACUUCAAAAAGAAGGUGAUGACUCUAAACAACUACUUGCAGAAUAUAGUAGAAAAAUGACUGUUCUUCGAGUAAAUGAAAGAUCAAUGACAAGGCAGUAUACAACCUUACUAGAAAUGGAGAAGCAUCUUCGGAAACAGAAUGAGAAAAUGAAGACCGAGUUGACGUCAAUGGAGACUACAGUUGGAGAAAAGAUUGGGCACUUGCAAAGAUUCAAGGAAAUGGCAACCUUCAAAAUAGCAGCAUUGCACAAAGCGUUGGAUAACAGCAUACCUCUGAAAGAUCUAGAAAUGGCUAAUAAACAAUAUAAUGAAUUAACUGCUAAAUACAGGGAUAUGCUACAGAAAGACAACUUGCUUGUUCAAAGAACAACUAAUAUGGAUCACCUGGAGCAUGAGAAUGUGUCGCUAAAAGAACAGAUAGAGUCUUUAAACAAAGAACUGGAAAUCACAAAAGAGAAACUGCACACAGUUGAACAGGCUUGGGAUCAAACUAUGAAACUGGGGGGAGACGGCCCUGCAGACAAAGCUACAAAAGCUGUAACCAACAGUGAGAUUGUUUCUAUUUCUAAGAAAAUCACUAUGCUGGAAAUGAAAGAACUGAACGAGAGGCAGAGGGCUGCCCAUGCUCAGCGAAUGUAUGAACAGUUACGGAGCACAUUAAAACAAGUAGAAGAACGCAACUUCGAACUUGAGACAAAAUUUGCUGAGCUUACAAAGAUCAACCUCGAAGCCCAGAAGGUGGAACAGUCCUUACGAGACGAACUAUCAACCAGUGUGAGUCAAGCAGUAAGCGAGGCAGACAGAUGUCGAAUUAUGGAGCUGGAGAAGAGUGAAACAGAGCUCAAGAUCAAGGUCUCAAAGUUACGAGAACUUUCUGACAUUGCCAAGAUGCAAGUGGAUGCUUUAGAGAAUCGCCAGCAAUCCAGAGAGAAAGAAGUGAAAUCCCUUAGAAUGCAAAUUUUGGACUACCAGGCACAAUCAGAUGAAAAAGCACUUAUCGCAAAACUACAUCAGCAUAUUGUAGCCCUUCAGAUUAGCGAGGCUACAGCCGUGGCCAAGUUAGAAGCCACAACAACAAAGCUUCAGAAGAUGGAGAUUGCUAAUCUACGCCUAGAGCAGAAAUUGGAUGACAAGGAACAAGCAUUGUAUUAUGCACGGCUAGAAGGGAGAAACAGAGCCAAACAUUUACGGCAGACUGUCCAGUCUCUGCGGAGGCAGUUUAGUGGUGCUUUGCCUUUGGCUCAGCAGGAGAAGUUCUCCAAAACUAUGAUCCAGCUUCAGAAUGACAAACUUAAAAUGAUGGAUGACAUUCGGCACGCUGAGCAAGAGCGCCGGAAUUCAGACAACAAAGCCCUGGAGUUGGAGAUGAAAUUAAAAGGCUUAGAAGAACUGAUAGCCACAUUAAAAGAUACUAGAGGCGCACAAAAGGUAAUUGAGUGGCAUAUGAGAAUUGAAGAGCUUCGUCUUCAGGAGCUCAGACUGAACCGUGAAUUAGCCAGGCAAAAGGAAGAGAACAAAUAUUUGAACAAUGUGAUUUCUGAAUAUGAACGCACAAUCAACAACCUGGAAGAAGAAACUGUACAACAAAGCAAGUUUCAUGAAGAACGCCAGAUGGCUUGGGAUCAAAGAGAAGUGGAAUUGGAACGGCAGCUAGAUAUACAUGACCGGCGGCAAAAUGAUAUCUUAAGUACUGCUCAAAAGUUUGAUGAAGCUAUGGGAUCAGUUCCGGAUCCUGACUUGCCACUUCCGCAUCAGCUUGACCAAGCUCUAAGAAAAAUUAGAGAGCAUGUUAGAACGAUCCUGGAAAUGCAAGCAACCUGCAAAUCUUUAGAAGAGAAACUGAAAGGAAAAGAAACUGCUUUGUGGAAAGCAGAGCAAAAUAUCUUGUCUAGAGACAAGAUCAUAAAUGAACUAAGACUUCGAUUACCAGCAACUGCUGAGAGAGAGAAGAUAAUAGCUGAGCUAGACCGAACUGAAGGUGACCCCGCUUAUCCUCGUGCCUUGAAAAUUGCACACCAAACGAUUGCAAAUAUGCAAGCAAGAUUAAAUCAAAAAGAGGAAGUCCUGAAAAAGUACCAGCACCUUUUGGCCAAAGCAAGAGAGGAACAAGAAGAAAUUGCAAAGAAACGUGAAGAAGACCUCAGAGUGCUGCAUCAAAAGUUAGAUUUCCAUACUGAAAAUGCCUUUAAUAAGUUCAAGAAAACUGCACUGGAGUUGGUAAAAAAGCCUUCUUUAGCUGUCCCAACAAAUAAGCAUUUAAUUCGUCUGGCAGAGAUGGAACAAACUGUAGCAGAACAAGACAACUCUCUCGCUACUCUUCUCAGCAGAUUAAAGAAGAUGUCCUCUGAUUUACAGAAGCAAAAACAAAUUACCAUAGCAAAAAUCAAGGAGUUUGAAAACAUCAGAGCCCAGCUUGAGGAGAGGCACGCUGCUGAAGCAAAGCGAUUGAAGGAUGAAGUGAACGAACUAAGGAAUGCCUUGUCACAGAUGGAGAAAGAAUUAAUGAAUGUGAAAACUGAGCUGGAGGCCCAACGAGAAGCAAAUAAUAGAGCUCCGACAACUACAAUGAAAAAUCUAGUGGAACGGCUGAAGAAUCAGCUAGCCUUAAAAGAGAAACAACAGAAAGCUUUAAGUAAAGCACUCCUGGAGCUCCGAGCAGAAAUGACAGCUGCUGCAGAGCAGCAGAUUAUUUCUUUAGCAUCACAAAAGGAAACACACAUGAAUGUUCAGCAGAUUGUGGAUAAGCAAACAAAGGAACUGAGGAGUCAGAUAGAGGAUUUAAAUGAUCAACUUACAAAACUGAAAGAUUCCCUUAGGAUAAGUAGAAAUAAAGAAAAUUCAUUACUAGAUGAUGUGGAUGAUUUAAACAAGGAGCUUCAGAAAAAAGUGAAAGCCCUUAUGAAAGUUCUAAGGGAGAAAGAAGAAAUGGAAAAGGAAAACGAAGAAUUGAGAAAGCGGAUAAAAAGGCUAAGCAGUGCAGUUCAGGGUAAAUCUGAUGAGCAAACUGUGACAGAUGAACUUCAAAAGAAAAUUAAAAAGCUGGAAACCGAGCUAGAAAAGAAGAGCGAAGAGUUACCUAAGAAAACUCCACAAGACAAGAGUUCUAAGGAGGAAAUCAUACGAUGGGAAGAAAGUAAAAAAUGGCAGACUAAAAUGGAAGGGAUGAAGAAUAAAUUAAAAGAAAAGGAGAAGGAAGUGGAGACCAUAACCAAACAGUUAAAUACAGUAAAAGAUCUUUUCUCAAAAGCUGAUAAAGAAAAAAAUGUGCUCCAGAAGAAGCUCAAGAGCAGUGGCAUUACUGUGGAUCAUGUUGUGGGAGUACGGGCUUCCGAAUCUGAGAGAGAGCUGGAAGAGCUCCAAAAAAGGAAUAUAGAUUUGGAGAAUGAGAUUGCUCAUCUAAAGACACAGUAUGCUGUACCUCGUGAUUCUGUUGUGGAAGACUUGCACUUAAAAAACCGAUACCUGCAAGAAAAACUUCAUGUUUUGGAGAGACAAUUUUCCAGAGACACUUUUUCAAGGCCUUCAACUUCAGGAUUGGGAUCAGAGGAUCUAUGCCAAAAGGAACAAGAGCUUCAAAAGGAGAAUAUAAAAUUGUCUUCUGAAAACAUGGAACUACGAUUCCAACUAGAACAAGCCAAUAAAGACUUGCCGAGAUUAAAGGAUCAAGUGGGCGACUUAAAAGAAAUGUGUCAGCUUCUCAAGAGAGACAAGGCAGAAGCUGAGCGGAAGUUAGGCAAUAUCAGAGGGGCUGGAAGAAGCGGAAAAACUGUUCCAGAGUUAGAGAAAACAAUUGGUUUGAUGAAAAAGGUUGUUGAGAGAGUCCAGAGAGAAAAUGAAGAGCUAAAAAAGGCACCUGGAGUGGUAUCCAGCGAAAAAAUUGCCAACCUUGAACAAGAAAAUGAGCACUUAAAGUCUGAAAUGGAAAAACUGAAACUUGAUCUUGGAGGUGAACUGAGUAUGCGUUAUGAGUUGAAGACUAAAGGCACAGAAAAAAUUAUUGCAGAAAAUGAGAGAAUACGGAAGGAACUAAAGAAGGAAGUCGAGAAUGGAGAGAAACUGCGAAUUGCAAAGAACAGUCUUGAGAUAAUAAAUGAGAAAUUGACUGCAAAACUGGAGGAGACAGUAAGAAAGUUAAGCUUGGCUGAAAGCAGACUCCCACAACUUGAGGGUGCUGACAGCAAGGGAUGGAAAUCCAUUGUCAUAACAAGAAUGUAUGAAAAUAAGAUGAAAGAAAUGGAUGCUGAUAUUGCCAAAAAAAAUCAAACCAUUACUGAACUGAAACAUACGCUAAGGAAAGCAACAGACAGUCAAGAAAAAACAGAAAAGUAUAUCCAAGAAUUAAAAGCACAAAUUGAGCUUCUCAAACACAUUCCUGAGGGUGCCAAAACAGAACAAGGCCUUGUCAGAGAACUUCAGCUUCUCAGGUUCACCAAUAAUCGUUUGGAAAAGGAAAAAGCAGAACUAGCCCACCAGUUGGAGAUUUGCCAAAAUCAAACUGAAGUUAAGAAAGGAGAUAGCUUUGCAGCUGAGAAAGAUGAACAUGACAGAUUAAAAUCAGAAGUAGCAGACCUCAAGAUGCAGCUAAAAGCCGGAGAUUUGGACCAACAGUGCCUUAAGGAAGAAAUCAGAAAGCUGAAAAAUGAAUUGGCUAAUUUUGACCCAUCUUUUUUUGAAGAAAUUGAGGAUUUAAAAUAUAACUACAAUGAAGAAGUUAAAAAAAAUAUUAUUCUGGAAGAAAAAUUGAAAAGUCUUUCUGAACAAUUUGGUGUUCAAAUAGAUAUUCCAGCCAAAGUUUCUAUUGACUAAAUCAGAAGGUAGGUAUCUACUUGAAGUAGCCAGCAA